CUACCCCUUCAACCAACCUCAUCACCACCAUAACUACCGUCUAUUCCAAUGUCUUACGCUCCUCAGCAGAACGGUCCUUACUACCAACCUCCUCAGCAAGGUUAUUAUCCUCAACAACAACCUCAGCAGGGAUACUACCCUCCACAACAAGGUGGUGGUUUCUACCAGCCAACUCCUCCUCCUCAGACAAUUUAUGUUCAGCAAGCACCACCACAGAGACAGGAUGAUGGCUGUUGUACUGCCUGUUUGGCUGGUAUGCUGUGUUGCUGUGUACUGGAGGAAUGUUGUUAAAUCCUUUUGUCAUACAUUUUGCCCCACGCCCUCUGUAAACUUUUGGAGACUUUGCUGUUCUAUUAAUUACUAGACACAAAAAAGAAAAAAGAAAAAAAAAGACAUCAUCUUUACUAGAUACAGGGACAAGAAUCAGAGUAACCCUCGCUCUCUUACACACUGUCUCUUUACAAACAUACUUCUUUACCUCUUGGUUUGUUUGUCAUAUUUCCCAUUCGUUCCGUUCCUUUUAUACUCUCUAAACACCUCUAUUUUAUUUUUAAUUUUUAAAACCCCCCUUAUAUUGGUUUUUCUAAUAUAUUUUUUAUAUAUUUUAUAUAUAUAUAUAUUUCUAUCUAUAAUAA